GGGGUUCUGCAAGGGCACUCACUAGUGAAUAGUUAGUAAUUAGCUUACUCUUGGAAAAAUACUUCAAUUUCUUCCUCCUUUCAAUGGCCAGAAGAAAAAGGAAGAGUUGUUAGGGUUUUCAUUUUUUCACUGCACUUGAGUUUUCCAUCAACCAAAUUCGAUUGAAAUAAACUUUAUUUUUUAAGGAAAUCGGACCUAGAGUUCAUGGACCGCUUACGUCCUCGGAACAAAGUGGUCUUUUCUGGAUUUAUGAAUUCCGAGAUUGAGAAAAUGGAGAAAUUGCUAAGGGAACCCAAAGGACAAUCAUUGAGCAAGGAAUUUUACCAAAAGCUUGCUACAAGUUUCAACCGUUCCUCUGCUCGUGCUGGGAAACCUAUCAUAAAAUGGACAGAGAUUCAAAAUUGGUUUCAGACUAGGCUCCAAGACUCACCACAAGUUCCUAAUUGUGAAUUGAUGUUUCCUAAAGGCCUUGGAUGUAAGGAAGGAGACAUGAUGAUAGACCCAUCAGAGAUGGAAUUUGAAGCAAGGUCAUCAAAAGAUGGAGCAUGGUAUGAUGUUGAGGCAUUUCUAGCUCACAGAUUUCUUAGCUCGGGGGAAGCUGAAGUCCAUGUCAGAUUUAUUGGAUUUGGAGCUGAGGAAGAUGAAUGGGUUAAUAUAAAAAAUUCAGUCCGAGAGCGCUCUGUACCUUUGGAAAACAAAGAAUGUUCUAACCUCAAAGUUGGAGACCCCGUCCUGUGCUUCCAGGAGAGGAGAGAUCAAGCAAUUUACUACGAUGCUCACAUUUUGGAGAUCCAGAGGAGAAUGCAUGAUAUUAGAGGUUGCAGGUGUCUCAUCUUAAUUCGUUAUGAUCAUGACAACAGUGAGGAAAGAGUCCACUUGAGGAGACUUUGUCGUAGACCAAGAUCUUAGGUGUAUUUGGAUCAAUUCUUUUGACAUUCCAGAUGGUAAGUAACUUUCAAACACUAAGCAAACGACCUAGAUGCCUAGUAGAAAGCAACUAGCUCAUGACAACUUGAGUUGAUUUUCGUGCUUGUUCAUGCAAAUUUGAUAGCUUUAACAUGUAAACCCCUUUCCCGCCCUAUUAGUUAUUGGUUGGGACUGCUGUAGAUGUUGAAUGGUGAAGCUAUUGGAAAAUGGAUGUAGUUGAAAUGCGUCUUUUUUUUUUUGUUAUCAUAAUUUUUGUAGAGAAGGGAAAUUGACGUUAAAAGAAGAAUCUGAUUGACAAUUAUGGCAUUAUUGU